AUGGCUGACCGAAGAGUAGAAGACAAUGCUGUCUCCGGCCAACUCCAGAACGACCAUCGUAUUGCAGACUUCGAUCCCCCACAGAAACCCAAGACAAACAAGUUCGCUAUAGCCUGCGCCAUUUUGGCUUGCACGACUUCAAUCUUAUUGGGUUAUGAUAUUGGUGUAAUGAGUGGGGCGAAUAUCUUCAUCCAAAAUGACCUCAAAUUAAGCGACACCGAAAUCGCAGUCCUUGCGGGCACUCUAAAUAUCUACUCCCUCAUUGGCUCCGCCUUGGCCGGCCGAACCUCUGAUUGGAUCGGCCGCCGGUACACCGUUGUCCUCUCUGGAGUCAUCUUCUUUGUCGGAGCUCUCCUCAUGGGUCUCGCUCCCGGUUACGCCUUCCUCAUGUUUGGCCGAUUCGUCGCUGGAAUCGGCGUCGGCUACGGUCUCAUGAUCGCCCCAGUCUACACCGUCGAGAUCUCUCCGACGUUGUCUCGUGGCUUCCUCACAUCUUUCCCAGAGGUGUUUGUCAAUCUUGGCAUAUUAUUGGGGUACGUAUCCAAUUAUGCCUUCUCCAAGCUCCCAACCAACUUGGGCUGGAGGUACAUGCUCGGCGUCGGUGCACUUCCAGCGGUGGUUCUCGCCGUCGGCGUUUUAGCCAUGCCCGAGUCACCUCGUUGGCUCGUCAUGCAGGGACGACUCGGGGAUGCCAAGCGAGUUCUCGACAAAACCUCAACUUCCAAAGAAGAGGCUCAACUCAGGCUAGACGACAUCAAAGAAGCUGCAGGCAUCCCCAUGCACUUAAACGACGACGUUGUUUCGGUCACGAAACAAAGCCACGGCGAAGGUGUAUGGAGACAACUGAUCCUUCAUCCCACACCGGCCGUUCUUCACAUUUUAAUCGCAGCCCUUGGUAUCCAUUUCUUUCAACAAGUCACGGGCAUAGACUCUGUCGUUUUGUACAGCCCAAGGAUCUUUGCGAAGGCCGGGAUCACCUCUUACGAGCACACGCUACUGGCAACCGUGGCCGUUGGAUUCAUCAAGACCAUUUUCAUCUUCAUCGCCACAUUUCUCCUUGAUCGGGUUGGACGACGCCCAUUGCUUUUGACCAGCAUGGGUGGAAUGAUACUUUCCCUUGCGUGUCUCGGUGCGGCGCUUACGAUCGUCGAUCAUCACGACAGCACAAUCCCGUGGGCCGUCGCAUUGUGCAUCACCAUGGUGCUAUUCAACGUUGCAUUUUUCUCUAUCGGACUGGGGCCCAUCACAUGGGUCUACAGCUCUGAGAUCUUCCCGCUAAAGCUGCGAGCGCAAGGAGUCAGUUUGGGAGUGGCCGUUAACAGGGUGAUUAGUGGCAUCAUCUCCAUGACUUUUCUUUCCUUGUACAAGGCCAUCACGAUUGGCGGGGCCUUCUUUCUUUACGCUGGAAUUGGAGUGUUGGCUUGGGUCUUCUUCUAUACAAUGCUUCCGGAAACACAGGGCAGAACCCUCGAAGAAAUGGAGGUCUUGUUUGGUAAAUACCAUAAGUGGAGACAAGCCAACGCCAUGCUCAAGAGCAAGAAAGUUGAUCAUGGUGAUGGCGAUGAAAACAAGGGUCAAGUCAACUAA